AUCUAAAAAUAACUAGGUAUUGUUUAAAAAAGCAAUAACUGUCUAGCUUACUGACAGUCUUUAUGUCUUCAAUAGAGUCUUUUAAUUAAAUACAGGCGAAGAACCUAAAUAAGUAUAUGAUUAUUUAGAUGUUACUAUGAGUGAUAAAAAUAAGUCAGUUAAAAUAAGAGAAAGUAUAGAAGGAAACACGUUAGAUACAGAAGAAAGAAUUGAAAGGCAAGAUGGCGAAGCCUCGUCGAGUACAACAAAUAUCGGAAAGUUCUCUGGACGUUUACAUCCCCUCAUUUCCUGGUUCACCACGAUCCCUUGAUUAUGCUUCUGAACCCUCCAUUGAUUCCGAAUUUGAAGAAUACCAGCACGAUCCACGGUUAAAAGAAGCUAUAGAAUUCCUUCACGCAGACAAGGACCUACUCAUCGCUGCCGAAACUGGCAAUGAUCAACAUAUCGAAAUGAUUCUAAGGAGGUCAGAUAUACCUGUCCAACAAAUGGACCACCUGGGAAGAAAUGCACUGCACCUUGCAGUUUGUUCCGAUAAUCUGAGAGGUAUAGAAUUAUUGCUGAAAGGUGGAGUUAGCCCCAAUGUUAAAGAUAGCGUCGGAAUGACUCCGCUAUCGUUGUGUUUGAUGCGCAGACCGUCGUUGACUGUGGCUAAGCUACUUUUUGAUUAUGGGGCUAAACUUAUGCCACGAACGGAUCCUAUGGAUACAGGACUAUUUAUUCAAUUCGUUAUGAUGUCAACACCGACAAAUGAAGAAGAGAACAUAAUGGAACUUCUUAUACAAAAAGGUGCUCUUGUUAACGAUCCCGAUGCACCAGGAGGCCGGCAGCCUCUGCACUUUGCAGCAAUGAGUAACAACUGUACUCUUAUACGAAUUCUCGUGAACUUAGGAGCAAGCUUGUAUUUGACUAAUCACAGAAAUGAAACGCCAAAAGAAGUGGCAGCUACGUUUGACUGUAAAGAUGCUUAUGAUCUUUUAAAUAAACUCGAAUCAGAAGAUGUGCUGCCUAUGCAAUCAAGAGGACGACUGACAAGUCUAUUUUAAAUGAUUAUUUUCUAGCAUAAGAUCAGUGCCUGGGUUAAUUAUUCCCUGUGACUCGAAGCGGCAAAAACCCGUAUUACGGCAUGUACCUUAUUUCAUGUGCAGUUUUCUGUGUUUUAAUAAUAAAGAAAGUUUAUGUUAAGAUUGUUAGCACCAUAGUACAAAAUAAUUAUACUAUUAAAUUUUAAUUUAUUAUUGAUAAUUUUACUAUAAAUUAAAUGUUUUGUGGGAUUUCGGUGACCUGGCGACACCAAUAAUAGUAGCAGAUAAUAUAGCAUCUCUCAUAUUAUA